AUGCCGCCAGUCAUCGUCAAAACAAUCGUAUCACGGAUCAGGGCGCGACUACGAGGCAACGGGGAUCCUAAUGCGACGCGUAUCCUACGCAGGCGGGCUUUGGGCCGGAAUGUCUGGAGGCUGUCGCCCUUCGUUCAAGUGACUUUGUUCGCCGUCGGAUACCUUUGGAUGCUUGCUAUACCCGCUCCCCAGCUCGGUCAGAGGACAUAUAUCGACGAAAACGCGUUGCAGCCUGGACAGGUCAACACGUACUGGAAUUGGGCAGAUGUGUUCCGCGCGGAUAGGAUUCUGGAGGACCUAGAAGCGCUGCGGGAUCGUAAUGCCACGAGUCAGGAGAUCGCGCAAUACUCUGUGGACCAGUUUGAGAAGGCAGGCAUCCCGGCUCGCACCCAGCACUACUCCUUCGAUACGCUCUCUGGGAGUACCAAUGGCACCAACGCAUAUGCAGUGUUGCGGCCUCCACGUGCACCCGGGACGGAGGCUAUCGUUGUCAGCGCGUCCUGGAUGAGUAGGACAGGAGAAGGAGACGGUACGCUGAACUUGCGAGGCGUGUCAACAGUCCUGUCAUUGGCGCACUACCUGAAGAAGCAGUCUCACUGGGCAAAGGACCUCGUGUUUGUCAUCAGCGACGGGUACCUGGAUGGAAUGCAGGCGUGGGUCACAACAUACCAUGGAGCGGAGCAAUCUAACAUGUACGCCGAGCCGCUCAUGCUGUCUUCGGGAGUGAUUUGGACAGCCAUCAAUGUGGAUUACCCUGGGCAUUCCUUCUCCCAUCUUGGGAUCUUCUUCGAGGGGUUGAACGGCCGCUUGCCCAACCAGGAUCUGAUGAACGCGGUCUCUCUCAUCACUCGUCAUACGGGUGGAGUCCCCGCCCUUGUGUAUGAUCAUAAAGAUAAAGACCCGAAGGAUAUGGGAGAUGCCAAUGCUCUUCUUCCCUCAUGGCUCCCUGGCGCCAUCAAGGAGAAUUCUGAUGUACGGGAGUACGCAACCAGAGCAAGGAAUGUCAUACGUCACAUGAAAUGGCAAGCGCGAGGCUCCGCGAGUGGAGUUCAUGGACUUUUCCAUCAAUUCCGCAUCGAUGCUAUUACUGUAUUCGCUAUUCCGGCACCUGGGCCGCAUGGAUUCCAUGCACUAGGAAGAAUCCUUGAGUCAUCUCUUCGCACCAUGAACAACCUUCUGGAACGUCUGCAUGCAUCCUUCUUCUUCUUCCUCUACGUCAACUCUGGUACCUUCAUGAAAAUUGGGAUGUACCUCCCGAGCGCUGUGCUGGUCGGCACAGCAAUGCUGUUCACGGGUCUUAGGACCUGGGUCUAUGCAGGGUGGAAGAUCGCCCCCUCUACGGAAUUCAACGACGAGAAGAAGACCUCCACGCAGGACAAUGUCAAGUGGAACAUCCGGUCAAGGCCUGUUCUAUCAGCGGUGACUGUCAUGCUCACUACGCACCUAUUCGGUGUGGUCCUCUUCUACUUGGUCAGCAAUGGGCUAGCACCCAAUAUCGUGCUAUUUGUGUUGUCUUCAACCAUACCCACCGUUGCUCUCCAGCUCGUACCUCGACCACCAGCAGAAUAUGCGCCGCUAUGGAUUGUGUUGAAGGCAUUCAACGUUUGCUUGACCUCGGCCGUUAUCUCCAUCACUUCCCUCCUCAACUUCUCUCUCGCCGCUACCCUUGCGGUCCUCAUGGGCAUACCCAUGUCAACAACACAUCCUUUGCCUUCUUUGCCCCUCCGCAUCGCCCGUUACGCUUUACACACCGUCCUUGCACUUGGGUGGUUGGUCUUCUUCCCAGAAGAGACUGCUAGUGCGUUGCGAAACUGGGACUUGCUCAGAGUAUGGUUCGCGCCGUUCGUUUGCAUCGUGUAUGCACCACUAGUACUGCAGUCUGCUCUAGUUUGUUUGCUGCCUCCAUGA